ACAUUUUGAUAUUUGCAGGGUUGCAAUCUUUUCCCAAAUGCAUGCACAUCCCAUUGACGUAUGUGGAGGUUGCUUGCUUGUGAGCAUAAGAGGCCUGCUGCAUCUUGUCCUCAUAGCAGCGGAUGGAAAGCCAACAUACAUGACAUGAGAGCAAAAGCAGCUGGCAUUUAUAGGCCUGCUGCCACAGGAGAACAUUGCCAUGAUGACAAGGAGCCACUGAUGGUCUUAUCCAUGAAUUUGUCUGUUGAUAUUCUCUAUAUUGUCUAUUAGCCUUUUAUUUAUUGCCAUCUGCUUGUCUUUUUAGAGUGGAGUAAAACUAUAUUUUGAAGUCAUAAGUUCUAUAUUUUUGCAGUGGGAACCUCUGUGAAUACACAACAAAUAUUGUAAGUAGGGAUGAGACUCCAAAAAAGAAUGCAGAACAACCCGGAACAAUAAUAAUCCAAAAACACUUCAAUAAAUACCCAUCUAGUAGGGUAGAUAUAUGUCCUAUUUUUCCAUGACAGGUCCUCUUUAUCAUGGGCAGAGUCGCCAUAGCGAUCCAUAGUUAAAAGCAGAAGUCAGCAAAUGUGUCCUCUUUUUUGCUCUUCAAAAUAUGGCGACCCUGGCUGUUAUGUUGUUGUCGUCUGUUUACAGUAUUACAUUUAUAACCCACACGGCAGAAACAACUUUUUGAAAACUACAUUUCUCCUCCCCUUGGGACAAGACAUCCUUAGAUAGUUCUAGGUGGGUGUUUUCUGUCAUUGUAUAAGACAAGGGCUGCCCAAUACAUUUUGGCACCUGAGGCAAACCACAAAAUGGCUCCCUCAGGAAUAAAGAGCUACAUCGGGAUCUGCUGCCCCUGUGGAUCCUGCCGCCUGAGGUGGUCGCCUUACCUUGCCUCAUGGGUGGGCAAGCCCUUAAAGAAUAAGACCUGGCAAAUCUCAUCCAAAGGAAAUCCGCCCAGAAAGCAUGCUGCCAUCGCCCAGGCCUUUUCUCUAGAUUGCCAAAACACAGACAGGAUGUUCUUAUUCUUGCCUUUUAGGCAGUGUAAAAACUGAGAUAUGAAAGCUAGGAGCUAAAUGGCACCUUAAACCUAAGUUAUGGGCACAACAACAGAAUGUCUAGGUGUACUUUUUUUAAUAACAAGAAUACAAAGCUGGAAAUGAAGGAACUGCAGAUAAAAUAUUAGGUUCAAUUUUCACAUGGUCUAGUCCUUCCUCUGCCCACUCCCUAAUAUUCUUAAGAGGGUUUCUUCUCCGGUCUUCAGAGAGUACCUGAAAGUGGGGAAGCAGAAUAAGGUCCUCCUUCCCUUCCACUCUGCAGUUUUACUCUGAAAUCUUAGGCACAGUACUGGACCCAGAGCUCAGAAACUACUCACACUAAUGAAAUUCCCUGUCAUUAGUGCCUAGAUUAGAACAAUGGGAGUUUCAAACUCUGCUUUUUGGGCAUGGGUGGUUUCAGACCUGUACAAAAAUCCUGGGUUUAUCAAAUGCCCAACCACAUUGUCACAGAACAGACCAACCACAGGGUCCUUAGCUGCUUUGAAGCUAGGGGCUUGGUUUUCUGUUUCUCCCCCCACCCCACCCCCAAAAAAGUCCUGUCUCAUCUGCAUCAAAACCUUCCUGGGGCACAUAUCCCUUGUUGUCUUUGGGGAAUGCUUUUGCCGCCUCCUUGUCUGCCAGUGCACCCUCCCCGGAAAUAUGCAUGUUCUUGAGGUUGAAGCGGUUCUUAAAAGUGUGAAGCUGGCUUUGAAUUCCUUUUUCCAGGCUGCUCACCCUCUGGAAGGUUUGCCGUUUGCACAGAGGGAGAGAGCCUUUUGGUGUCACUGAGGUCCAUCAACAGGCACCCGUUUCUGACUCAGCUUUUACAGUCACAGGUUUAAUGUCUUCUCAGUCUUGACUAAAGCCUUGUCACACCCCUGGCUGGUCACCUUGGCAGAUAUCCGUGAUUCCAAUACAGCUCGUGGCAGGAGCAUUAAUUUGGCCUUGUCUCACAGGGGACGGCAAGCUCUCAAGGCUGUUGGACUGGAAAAGCAGGUGACCGUACAUUUAAAGGAUGAAACAAAAUAUUGUGUCUAAAGGCAUACCUAUGAGAGCAAGGAGAAUUCACACGCUCUCAGGCAAACAAUAUUCAAUUCCAUAUGGGACAAAGAGCCAGUACAUUCUCUCUGUGGAUAGAGCAGAUUUAAACAAAGAUCUGCUAACUGCUGCUGAGAAAUAUCCUAAUACUAAAUUAUACUUUGGACACAAACUGCUUCACUGCAAUGUGGAACUGGGGACACUGACCUUUUCAAGAUCAGACCAGAUGUCAAAAGAAGUCAAUUGUGACCUAAUUGUAGGCUGUGACGGAGCCUUUUCUACAGUUAGGAAGCAGUUCAUGAGACAAACACGUUUUGACUACAGCCAAGUAUAUAUUCCUCAUGGAUACAUGGAACUGAAAAUACCCCCAAGGGAUGGAAAUUUUGCAAUGGAACCAAAUUAUCUUCACAUCUGGCCCAGGAAUACAUUCAUGAUGAUUGCACUGCCAAACCUGGAUAAGUCAUUCACAUGCACUCUCUUCAUGCCUUUUGACGAUUUUGAAACACUCACAACAGGAGACCAAGUGCUGGAUUUUUUCAAAAUGUACUUUCCGGACACAGUUCCUCUGAUAGGAAAGCAAGAACUGAUGCGAGAUUACUUUUUGUUGCCAGCCCAGGCCAUGGUCUCUGUGAAAUGCUCCUCGUUCCACCUUGGCUCUGGCUGUGUGCUGAUGGGAGAUGCGGCCCAUGCGGUUGUGCCCUUCUACGGACAAGGCAUGAACGCUGGAUUUGAAGACUGUCUGGUUUUUGAUGAGUUAAUGAACCAGUUCCAAAACGAUAUAGGUAUUUGUCUCCCAGAGUUCUCAAAGCUGAGAGUACCUGAUGAUCAUGCAAUUUCAGAUUUAGCUAUGUAUAAUUAUAUAGAGAUGCGGGAGCAUGUCAAUUCAAAGUGGUUCAUUUUCCGAAAGCACAUUGACAGCUUUCUUCACACCCUCUUCCCCUCCACUAUCAUCCCUCUGUACACCAUGGUCACAUUCUCCAGAAUUCGAUACCAUGAAGCUGUGCAAAGAUGGAAAUGGCAGAAUAAGGUAAUUAAUAGAGGCCUCUUUCUCACUGUGGCUAUGACAGCAGUAAGUGGCAUCUAUCUGCUCAGAAAUGGCAUUAAGCUACAAAUUGACGUCUGUGUAGAGAACCUGUGGAAAUGGACACUUAGCCUCAGAAAAUUUGGAAAUGUACCACUGGUUACCCAAAAGUGUUAAAAGCAAGAGAAAGAAAGAAAUGUAUUCAGUGUUUUAAUUUUACCUCUGCUUGGAAAGUCGGAACGACAAAGUAUUCCCAAAAGACUAAUUGUGCUACAUGGUGCUGGAUCCAAGUGUUAGAAUGCCAUCCAUAUGGAACCCAACCAGGGCCGUCUCAAGCAGGUCGGGCGCCCUGGCGCUGAUGCGCGGAGAUCGCUCCGGCGCCCCCACCCUCGCAGCGCACAGCACGGCUUUCCACGCGGCUUUGCCGUGCAGCGCCCCCCCUACCGGCGCCCCACGCCACCGGGACUACACCUAGAGCCGGGCCUGAACCCAACACAAGACACUUGCCAUAGACUUGAGUGCCCUGCUGUCAUCUUCCUAAAGAAAUGGUAUGUGUCCCUCAAGAGCCUGAGGGCCUCCAAGCUGUUCUACCAUACUUUCCCAAAUACCAGCAUCCACUUUUACACACAAGAGGACAUGUAUAAAUUAACUGCAUUUUGUGAGUUUUAGAAAAGUUAUGAGCUGCACUGAACUUGCAAUAGAUCUGUAUCCAAUUUUUAAAGUGUCAACCAGUUUUCCAGUUUCUUAAGUGAACUGUUGAACUACAAUGUAAACGAGAAACAGAAUCAGCAAUAAACUUGGCAUAUAAAAUUCAGGUUUGUGUGGUGCUUUUUUGUCACAUAGAA